ACACAUGCUUUAUACCGUGGAUCAGGGUACCAAACACUCCAGGAUCCGGGUCGUAAGGGAAUAUGGGAAUUCCUCACUUUAGAAAUUGUCAAAUGUAAACAGAGAAUAUGUGGAAGUUCCAUGGGAGUUCUCUAACUGGCAUGAUGGAACAAAGAGAAGGAUGUGAAUCAUGACUGCACGUGGAACACCACACACGCCACCACAACAUUGAUAGUGACUAAACCACACCUAGACACUCAAUAUCAUUCUCCUUGUUCUCGUGGUUGAGGUGAACAGUGAAGUUGAAAUGUUUUGUUCACGUGAAUUGUUGUCGUGAAUGUGUGUCCUUGAAAUAUUUGGUUCGUUAAAGGUCUUUGUAGCCUAGUUGUUCUAACUCUAUGAUGCCCAUGACAUGUUUAGGCAUGUUAUUGCUGGUAAGGGAAAAGACACAGGAUUAUUUCCCCCUUUGCUGUUUAUUGGGACAUGGCACAAUCUGGCCUACCCCUCCCAACAGAGGCCCAACCUCUAUUUCCCUUUCAUGCUUUCUCAUCCUGCCGUAAGGGCGUCCAGAAUAACUUUUUUCUCUCCCUUCGUUUAAAAAAAACAGCUUGUCACUGUUUCUUAUCGCUUUAUUGAACUGAUGAGUACCAAAGACCCAGGGAAAUGUUUCACAGGUGCACAGUUCACAUAGGGAGUGUAUAUGGAUUGACAUCCCCGGCAGCUCUGAAUACUGCAUGACAAGAACAACCUGUUAACCGGAGCCAAAAUGCUGUCAAGUACUUUCCUUACAGGAGCUUUGCGUAUCUUCCUGGUAGGGAUCCUCUGUCUAGGAGGAUUUGUGACACUGUUUUGCAUGUAUUACAAAUCAGCUCUGGACUGCACUCCUCAGCCUCAUUACUCAAAGCGACCUGAGAACAGAUCCUUGUCUAAGAAGCAGCCAGCGCCAGACAAGCCCAUCAUGCUGUUGUGGUUCUGGCCUGAAAACCGCGAGUUUGAUUUUAGCGAUUGUGCCACUUUCUUCAACAUUGAUGGCUGCCACCUGACAGAUGACAGGUCUCUGUACAACAAGGCAGACGGGGUGCUCAUCUUUCACAAAUCCAUCAAAUACGAUUUAUCCAACUUGCCUCCAUCACCUCGACCACCAUUCCAGAAGUGGAUUUGGUAUCAUGUGGAAUCACCUACAAACACAAUUAGGAUACCUGGUCUAGAGAACCUUUUCAACUUGACCUUGAGUUAUAGGGAAGACGCAGACAUCCCUGUUCGUUGGCGUUUGACCGCAAGGAAAGGCCAGGGUGAAGACUUUGUGCUGCCAAAGAAGGAUAAAUUAGUUUGCUGGAUUGUGAGCAACAAUGACCCUAACACUGGAACAGGGGUACGGAAUAACUAUUACAGAGAACUUGUAAAACACAUUAAGGUGGAACUCUUUGGCACAGCCUUUGCUAGAUUCUUGAAAUAUGAGGACUACUACUCAACACUCUCCAGCUGUAAGUUUUACCUCUCCUUUGAGAACUCAGUCCACAAAGACUACAUCACAGAGAAGCUUAACGGACCACUUGCAGCAGGAACUGUGCCAGUGGUAUUGGGCCCACCGAGACAGAACUAUGAAGACUUUGUCCCAGGAGAUUCCUUCAUCCAUGUUAAUGACUUUCCCGAUGCAAAAGCACUGGCUGAAUUCCUCCUCAAGUUGGACAAGGAUGAUGAGGCAUAUCUGCGCUACUUUCAGUGGCGUAGAAACUUCUCUGCUCAGCAACAUCUGGUUCAACUGAGUCAAGAGUUCACGCAAGCUAUUUGCUAUGCCUGUGACCACAUAGGCAAACAUUGGGAGUACAGGGUUGUUCACGAUAUUUACAAAUGGCAUUUUGGUUAAUCAGUCACUUACAUCCUCACCGGUGUAUGUGCUGUUACCACUAUAUUACCCUCUUCUCUCCAUGUACAUGAUCAUGCCUCAGGGUGGAAUUUAGUCACACCCAGCAUCCCACAAAUGCAACGUUUACACAGUGCCUUUACGACCUAUUGCACUACUUGUAAGAUAAGUGUACCUGGUUGUUUUACUGUACUAGUGUCAUAGCUAGGUUUUUAAGUAUCCAGAACCAUUCAGGCUCUUAUCUUUAUAACUACCCAACAACUAACCUCUGCACUAUUUAUUGUCUGAAUUACUACCUGUAUGUAUAUUUUAUAUCUUUACACUCACACAUUUUGAGCUGAAAUAAUUAAAGGGUAAUUCCACCAUUUUUAUCUCCAGCACAA